AUAGUAAAAAUGUAUACAGUUUCAUAAAAAAAAAAAACGUCUCCCUUCCCUCAUUGAAAAACAGCUUCAAACAGCGGUAAACUUGAAACCUCAAGGGUUAAUCUAAUUUUUAAAGUCGUACAUCAACCCCAGCGAAAAGUAGCCGACAUAGUAAAAGUGUACACAGUUUCAUAAAAAAAAACAGCUCUCUUCCCUCAUUGAAAAACAGCUUCAAACAGCGGUAAACUUGAAACCUCAAGGGUUAAUCUAAUUUUUAAAAUCGUACAUCAACCCCAGUAAAAAGUAGCCGACAUAGUAAAAAUGUACAGUUUCAUAAAAAAAAACAGCUGCCUUCCCUCAUUGAGAAACAGCUUCAAACAGCGGUAAACUUGAAACCUCAAGGGUUAAUCUAAUUUUUAAAAUCGUACAUCAACCCCAGCGAAAAGUAGCCGACAUAGUAAAAAUGUACACAGUUUCCUAAGAAAAACAGCUCGUUGAUCGAAAGACAGCUUCCUAAAAAACAUCCCCCUUUACCAAGAAAUAUCUUCAUACAAAAACCAGCGGUAAACUUGAAAUCUGAAGGGUUAAUUUUAAAAAUCGUCCUGAGCGAAGAGUACCGGGCUGGUAAUCGUGAUGGCCGCAGGGCAGCCUCGAAACUAAUUAGCAAGUAAUGAAAAGACGUUACGUAGGAAAACGAGCCGUCUAAAAAGGAGCAGGUUAAAUCGAGCAACCCCGACUGGAGUCGACUGGAAGACAACGUUUUGGCUUCUCCGGUUCGAUUUCCUGGCGGCGUGCACGGCAAAAUCGUGCAGUGCACGCGGGGGUGUGCGCGACGCUCACCACGCAGGAAUCAAUAGGGCGUCGCGAGCGGCGUCGAAGCGGUCGUCGUCGCUUUACGUCGUCCCCAACGUCAGCGACAUCUUGGCCCGUACGUUUUCUGGGGGUCGACGAGCAGCUCUAUCCUCCAGGCCGUCACGGCCGUCUUCAGGACCCCACGCCGUGUCUUAACCGCCGUUUGACAGAAUGGCCGACACCGAGUUCGAAGAAUUCAGACAUUACUUCGAGAAACUUCCGCAGCAUCUGAAAGCACCCCUUUCGAAUUACACACUCGUUCACGAUGUGAUGAUAGACGAUUCUCCGACCUCGUCGCAAGGCAGCGACGCGGAGGUCGGAAGAUCUUGCAACGGAGUCGCCGGCGAUUCCGAAGACGAGGAAGUUGUGGUGAUACAUCGGCACGACAAUCAGAGUGGUCACACUUCCGGGGAUGACAGUGAAGAUCUCGAUCAUAAUUGCUCCAUUGUUGCGGACAGCGACUUUAGGUUGGUAACCUCCUUGUUCGGUGGACUGAGCAGCAGGGGUCGAUCGGCAGGCGUCGGUGGACCGGGUCCUGGUGGAGGUAGCACCACUAUUUCCGGUCAUGGUGGUCGAGACAGCGUGUUCAGCGAUGUCGGUGAUUCCUGUUCGAGUCUUAGUUCCUGGCCAACACCGGAACAUGUACCGUCGAAUCGUCCAGGGAGCGGUAGCACCGAGCGCAGACGUCGGAGACUUCCGGAGAUACCUAAGACGAAAAAGUCUCUGCCUGUCAAUCAGAUCUUCAUGCAGUCGUCGACCUCUCUGGCGGACGAACUUAACGCAGCUACUGGUUCACCUUCUAAUAGACCGCAUUUAGUUUUACGAAAAUGUCACUCGAGGCUUAGACACGAGGAUAGUUCACCCGACAGCGAGCGAAUGGCUACUGACAGUGGCCAUUCUACUGCCCACUCGCCGGAAAACGGGCCCAAAAGCGUUUCACCGAUUCCAUGUAACACCCUGCAGAACACGGACUCCGUGUCACCUAGUAGUACACCAGGGAGUGGUGGAGUGCCGUUCACUCAACUGGAACUGCUGGAGGCGACGCAUCGGGGACUACACAAAUUCGUGCCAAGACAUCACGAUGAGAUUGAUCUUGAAAUUGGUGAUCCAAUUUACGUUCAGAAAGAGGCUGACGAUCUAUGGUGCGAAGGUGUGAACCUGAGAACAGGUCGUCAAGGUAUAUUCCCCUCGGCUUACGCGGUGGACAUGGAUUACAGUGAUUUUGAUCCUUCAGCGCCAAAAGUGAAGAGGGAACGAUAUCUUCUGGGAUACUUAGGCUCUGUGGAAACUUUGGCGCACAAAGGUACUGGUGUCGUUUGCCAAGCAGUUCGAAGAAUCGUUGGAAAUUCGCAAGAUUCGCCGGUUUCGCAGAGCUGCAUCUUGGAAGUGUCUGAUCAGGGUCUUCGAAUGGUUGACAGGAGUAAACCACGGCAGAAGAGUCAAGGUCCAUGCCACGAUUAUUUCUACUCGCUGAAGAACGUUUCCUUUUGCGCGUUUCAUCCUCGCGAUCAUCGCUACCUCGGCUUCAUAACGAAGCAUCCUACCUUGCAAAGGUUUGCUUGUCACGUGUUCAUUGGUCAAGAAUCUACGAGGCCUGUUGCCGAAGCUGUCGGGCGUGCUUUCCAUCGGUUCUACACGAAGUUCAUCGAGACUGCUUUCCCGGUAGAAGAUAUCUAUAUCGAAUAGAUUAUUACUGCUGGCCUGUCGUAUAGCGGCAACGGAGGAAAAGAUAAAUCUCACAUUCCUUUGUCCCCUGUACAUACUGCCCUUAGCCUGUAGAUAUUAAAAUGAUUAACGCGAAUCAAACACCCAAUUAAUAUACAUAUACGUAUAUGUAUAUAUCUGUAAGUAUAUCUACAUAUAUGUGUAUCUACAGGGCGUUCAGAAAAGAAGUUGCAACCGAGUUUCAUUUACAUAUGGUAUUCGUGAAAGGAAUGAAAAAUGGAGGUGUAGACCUCAAUUUUAAAAUUAGAAAACUUCAACUAUAUAUUGUAACUAAAUUUAAAAUUAACAAGGUUCAACCAUGUAUUGUAACUGAAUUUAAAAUUACAAAAAUU